CUCUUUUAGAAGUUAUAUCUCUGACUUGCGAGCACUUUCAGUGUUUUUAUAUUUCCAUAGUUGCAGUGUUUGACACGUACAAACAUACUGGUUCUGACUUUAUAUUAGUUUAACUGCAUUCCGGUUACCCGAAAGUUGUGUGUGGGUCGAGUUAACCUAAAGUUAUUUGUCGCAUGUAUAAAAAUAUUUGAGAGCAGGUUUUCUUUUGGGAUUCUGUGGUGUUCGGUUCGAUGUCCUGGCCGCAGAAAAAGGCCGAACUAGUAGAGAAGAGAGACAGUGGAAGCAUCUCGAAGAGCGCCGACUAUGAGCUCGAGCUGCAGCUGGUGCAGGUGGCGUUCCGGCACGGAGCCCGGACUCCGCUCAGGUCCAUUCCGGCCGUGCAGGAGGCUCAGUGGGUUCCGGACCUUCUCAAGGUUCCGGAUCACACCCGGAUCGAGCACCUGGUCAUGGACCUGCAAGGUGGUCCCAGGCCUCCAGCGCCAAUAGAGGACAACUACAGGUCCAGCACCCUCUCGGGAGGUUCACACCCAGGCCAGCUGACCACACUAGGCAUGCAGCAGCUCUAUGACCUGGGCCAGAGACUGAGGAAGAGCUACGUUGUGGACGUGCCCUUUCUCAUGUCUGCCUUCAGCUCUGCCGAGGUCUACGUACGCUCAACCAACAUUGUGCGAACGAUCGAGUCUGCCAGGUGCUUGGUGGCUGGUCUGUUCCAGCAAAAGCAAGAGGAUGAAGUGCCCAUCUUCACCACAGAUAUUGAAAAUGAGGUCCUCUACCCCAAUUACCACACAUGCAACCUGCUCAAACUGCUCAUCGGGCAACGGUGGGCAGAGUCUUCCCAGCUCCCAGACCUCGCAGCUGACCUGAAGAGCAUCCAGAGUGCACUGGGUAUCCCGGAAGGCCAGAGGGUUGACUUCAUCCUUAUACGGGACGACAUGGUGGCUAGAGAGGCCCAUGGCCUGCACUGCCCUGAACCACUGAGCAGCUGGAGGGCGACGGUGGAGAAGAGGGCAGUUCAGAUGAUUUGUCACAUUUAUGGGUCCAACAAUAGGGGUCACCUUCAGCUCAGUGUCGGGCCAUUUCUUCACAUCUUGUUGACUAACAUUGAGGACAAAAUUCAGGGUGUGGCAUCAUCAUGCUCCAGGAAGCUGUUCCUGUACUGUGUGCACGACACCACCCUGAUGCCCUGUCUGAUGGCACUGGGCAUCUUUGACAAUAGAUGGCCACCAUACGCAGCUGACCUCACACUGGAGCUCUACCAGCAUCGCAGUACUAAGGAGGCCUUCAUCAAGGUGUCCUAUCUUGGCCAGGACCAACUGAUUCCAGGUUGCAGUGAUGUCUACUGUCCCCUAGAAGAGUUUAAAGAAGCACUUUCAGCUUUCACCCUGACAGUGGACCACUACCAUUCGCUCUGCAGCCAGGAUGACCUCUGACGAUAAGAGCCUGUCAGUCCAGCACUUUCUCUAGAUCUUUGUUUCUGACCUCAGAGUUUGUGGUCACACAGUCCUUGCAUUGAGCUCUUCUGAUUUAAUGUCUUCAGCAGAGCAAAAGGAUAUGCUUAAGGUUAGAAACUGUGGGACCUACCUAUUUUUAAGUGUGCGCUUUGUAAUACUGGUCUGGGUUUUUCAUGUGAAAGUGAUUCACUUGUAUUGACAAAUGCAUUAAAACAUUUGUUCAUACAAAUGAAACAUUUCAAAAACCAGUUGUCAAAUCCAGGCCAGGGAUCAAUCACCACCAUACAUUUUUUAAAAGUUUUAUGAAAAAACAGUAGAACUAAGAUUUGUUCAGUGGUUUACCAAAACCCAGGAACAGUGAUAUUUUAUUACGUAAAGAUUUGAAUAGGACUUACUGUGAAACUGUUUUCUAAAACUGAAUAUUCUUGUGCUCAGGGCAAUAAAACUUGACUGGUAUAACUUUUUAAACAUAUGAACAUGAGAACGUGUAUGUGUGCAACACUCAUUGAAGAUGCAUACUUCCUAACUUUGAGACUGUUUAUUUACAUGAUUUGUAGCUUUCCCUUCUACUUUUAGUGGUUCAAGGGUAAAUGAUAAAUGGCACUGACU